GGUUUUUGUGUCGCUGCUGCCUCUUCCGGUCCUCUUUCCAGCUUCCCGUGCAACAUGACCAAGAAAAGGAGAAACAACGGUCGUGCCAAGAAGGGCCGCGGACAUGUGCAGCCCAUCCGCUGCACCAACUGCGCCCGCUGCGUCCCCAAGGACAAGGCCAUUAAGAAGUUUGUCAUCAGGAACAUAGUGGAGGCAGCGGCUGUGAGAGACAUAUCAGACGCCAGUGUCUUUGACUCAUAUGUUCUGCCUAAGCUCUAUGUGAAGCUGCACUAUUGUGUUAGCUGUGCCAUCCACAGCAAAGUAGUGAGGAACCGCUCCUGUGAAGCCAGGAAGGAUCGUACCCCACCUCCAAGAUUCAGGCCCGCUGCUGGUGCACCAAGAGCUCCUCCAAAGCCGAUGUAAAGCGCAAUCUGAAGAUGCUGUGUACCUGAAAAGAAAAUUAAAACAUCUUUACAAAACA